UUAUUAUAUCAUUUGAAUAUAUAAAAAUUUUCAAGAUUUGUUUCCUGGCUUGUUAGAAAGAUGAUAAACCUUAAAACUAUGCUUUAUGUUGCAGAUAAUUCCGGUGCACAAAUGGCAGAAUGUAUUAAUAUAUUAAAAUCAGGAAAAUAUGCAAGAAUAGGUGAUGAAAUUGUGGUUGUUAUUCAAAAAAUUCGAUCUAGUAGUAUGUCGACGGGGUCUUUAAAUGCAAAUAGAAUUCGUAGGGGAGAUAUUAAACAUGCAUUAGUUAUUCGGACGAAGAAAGAAACAAGACGAAAAGAUGGGAGAUCUAUUCGAUUUGAUGAUAAUGCAUGUAUUUUAAUUAAUAAAAAAGAACCUAUUGGUACACGUAUUCUUGGUGUUGUUUCUGCUGAAUUAAAAUAUAAGGGAUGGAGUAAAAUCCUUUCGUUAGCACAGAAAGUUGUUUAAUAUAUAAAAUGGGUAAUGAUUUAUACUAAAAAAAUACAUAAAUGUUUAUGUAAAAUGAAUUUAUUUUAUUUUAUUUGUUAAAUUAUUAUUUAUUUUUGUUUUCUUUUUUUAAAAGAAUAGUUCGGAUAAUUGUAUAAGG